CAAGCACUCGAGCCAACCUCCGACCCCUCUAGGCUCCUGCUGCUGUUGUCGAAAUGAAUCAACUCUCAAAUGCCUUCUCAUGGCUGAAUUUGGGUGUCGCAGAUACCCGGGACGAUACAGAAACUCAUGGGGAAACUGAGACGGUAAAUGGAGGAGAUAAAGCCAAGGAAAAAGAUGAUAGCUCAGGAGAGGUGACAGCACUCAAAAAUGAAAAUGGGGUUCAGAGGUCACCUUUGCUUCCAGGAGAGUACAAAUUUCCGCUUGUAUGGAUUGACCUUGAGAUGACUGGUUUGAAUAUUGAGGUUGACAGGAUAUUGGAGAUUGCCUGUGUGAUUACAGAUGGAAAUUUGACCAAAUCAAUUGAGGGUCCUGAUUUGGUUAUACAUCAAAGCAAGGAGUAUCUGGACAAUAUGGGAGAAUGGUGUCAAAGCCAUCAUGCAACAAGUGGUUUUACUCAGGAGGUGCUCAAGAGUACCAUCACCGAAGAAGAAGCCGAGACACAGGUUGCUGAGUUUGUCAAGAGAAACAUAAGGACGUAUACACCACUACUCGCAGGAAAUUCAGUCUAUACGGAUCUUCUGUUUUUGAAGAAGUUUAUGCCAAAAUUGGCAAGUUUGUUUUCACAUGUACUUGUUGAUGUCAGCAGCAUAAAGGCAUUGUGUCUUCGUUGGUAUCCACGAGUGAGGUUUAUCUGGUAUAUUCGAUGUAUUCAUCGGGUCGGUGGGGGAGGAUUAAAUCUUUGUUUCUCAAUUCUAAUGAGAAAUAGGCUCUCUACCUUCUCAGGACAACAGAAAGGCUCCUCAAAAGAAAAACAAGCACAGAGCUAUGGAUGACAUUAAGGAGAGCAUAGCCGAACUCAAAUACUACAAGGAACACAUAUUCAAAGCCUCCAAGUCCAAAAAGUGAUAGUGAAGGAGAUUUGUAUCUCAUGGUUGAGGAUUCUUUUCAUCUGAUUCCCAAAAUGAGGGGUUGUCUGCCGGUGGAAAGUGAUACGAGCAUUUAAAUGUAUCGUCUUUUUGUCUAAGUUAUGAGCGUUUGGCAAACUGAUUUCCUUGUACCUUCACAUCCUUGGCUAUCAUAUAUAAUUGGAUUUAAUUUAUGUACACUGAUCGUGUAAAAAACAUUUACGUUAUCAGGCAGGCUAUAGAAGUAUUUUGACUUA